ACGCAAAUUACUAUUUCCUAUUCUGGACGAAAAAAAAUACACUCCCUUUAAAGGUGCAUUCGUACUUCCGUUCAGCUCAAAUCCCUUUAAGAAAAACCACAACAACUCAACAGCUGAUGUAAAGAUGGCGGCUGUGUGCUCAGGAAUAGCUGCUAGUCUUGGCUCGAAAGAUUCCGGGAAUGAAAUUCAUGCUAUUUUACGGCGGUGUAGGGGUCGCCCCAGGCUGUCGGACACAGACCGAGCUCGAAGACGACUCGAAUCCAGGAAAAAGUACGAUGUUCGACGUGUUUACCUCGGAGAAUCACACAAGGUCUGGAGCGACCUGAGACAGAGAACUUGCAUGAGCGACGCCGGACUCGCAGAGUAUUUAAUUCUGUUGAAUUCAGCUUACGGAGAAAGAUACCAACAGAAGCACUGCGUGAAAAACUUUCCAGAACUUUGCAGAAAUCAGAAAAAAGGCAAGAAGCUGGUCGCCACAAGCUUACACAGCUUGGUGAGCUGGUAUCAGCAACACUGCCUGAUAUGUUCUCAUGAGCCUGAGCUGCGGUCUGUUGAGCCAAUGCUGGGUCAGUCCACUACGGUUCUUUGGCAGUGUGAUGCUGAGCAUUCAUUCAUACAGCACAUUUCAUGGCCUGUGGGCGGCAGUAGUGAGACUGACGAGGACAACAACAAUGCUGAGUCAGGGCCAGAGAACAAGACAGCUGUCCAGACUAAAGCAACAGCUGUGAGCAAUCAAAGGACAUUAGCAGAUCCAGAAGAUGAGCUGGAGAGUGCCACAGCAGAGGUUUCCAAAGUGGCUCAACAGAUGUCCUCCACCGUUUUCAGUCAGCUGCCAGAAUCCCACAGUGAAGCUGGCGCAUCCUCACCCCCCCUUGGGGACCAGGUCAUGUGGGAAACGGAAGCAGAACGAGAACAUGAGUUGGCCAUGGCUGACUGUGAAAAUGAAGAAAGAGAUGACUUUCCUUUGGUGGAGGAGAGCAAUUCAAAGCCUGAAGUUUUAGGAUGUCAUGAAACUGGGACAGAUGGUUAUGAAUGUGUGGUGGUCACAGCGGCUUUAAUGGAAAGCCUGCAUGAACCGGACGGAGCCAGUCAUUUGAUGGGGGGCAUAGAAGCGAAUGGAGCACAACCAGUCUCGAGUAGUAUAACCAACACGCCCACAGCAGCCACUCCGGUACAAGCAGAGCUCUAUGAAACGCAGGCACUGCAGAACAUGGUGGGCAGCUGUAAGCUAACAGACCAACAUGCUGCACUGCAGGGCUCACAGCUGAUCAUAAUCACAGGAUCCAGUUACGAAGCGAUGACAUCCGAAGGCAUUCAGCUCAAUGUGGGUGGCGGAGAUGUGGAGGGGGUCACAUGCACAGUGAUCGAGGGGAUGUCUUACAAUCAGUUGGUCCAGUCGGAAGCAAUAGUCCAGAACACUGUCUCGCAUACAGAUACCAUGACGGACCUGAGUGAGAAGCAGCUGUUGGAGCCUAGUGGAGAAUCCCACAGUCAGAAAGAUGUUCAGUGCUCUUUUAGCAGGUCUAAGAGGAGUCGUCAAGGUCCAGUUAUUGAAGCAGAUGGCAUGCUGAAAAUGUUCCACUGUCCAUACGAGGGCUGCAGCCAGGUGUACGUGGCCCUCAGCAGCUACCAGAACCACGUAAACCUGGUACACCGGAAAGGCAGGACAAAAGUGUGUCAACAUCCUGGUUGCGGGAAGAAAUUUUACCUGUCUAACCAUCUACAUCGCCAUAUGAUUAUUCACUCUGGUGUACGAGACUUCAUCUGCGAGACCUGUGGCAAGUCUUUUAAACGCAAGAACCAUUUAGAGGUGCACAGGCGCACACACACAGGAGAAACGCCUUUACAGUGUGAGAUCUGUGGUUAUCAGUGUCGACAGCGGGCUUCACUCAACUGGCAUAUGAAGAAACACUCCUCUGAGGCACACUUCAACUACACAUGCGAGCACUGCGGCAAGCGCUUUGAGAAACUCGACAGUGUCAAGUUCCAUAAGCUCAAAAGCCACCCUGACAGACAAAACACUUGAAAGGAUUUGUAGCGAGGAGGCAAAAUGGAUAUUUAAUAAAAUGUAUGGUGGGUUGAAUGCAUGGCCUGUAGACUGGGCUCUGAGUAAGUGUACAAGCAGGAGAAGAUAAAGAACCCUUGAAGAAAAGGCCUAAACAAAAUAGUGGUUUAAUGAGGCCCAUCUCAGCAGAAGUUAAAGCUAUGUGUGUGCUAGUUGAGGCGUAAUUAUAUUGUGUAUGCUGUGCAGGUCACAGCUUUAAGUCACCAGGUUAUGGUGUUAAAUGGUUCUUAAAUGUCUUAUUGAAGUAUUGUUUACAAAAUGUUUAUAUGUUCAUAUUCUACUCCAAAUCCUCAUUUUAAACCUUAUCAAAUGUGCUUCAUUCAUUAGUAUUUUAAAACACAUUCUAAGUGUGUUGAGAAAUCCUUCCCAGCAACAUCUUUUAGGUGAGCUUACUGUAGGUGCACUGGGGGUAGAGUGUAGAAAUGACCACUAUAGAAUUUAUGAUGAAUUCUUUUAUGAAAUAUUGCAGCUUCAAAUGUUUAUUUAUGAACAUGUAACUUUUGGGUCAUAAAAUUCAAGGGCUAGUUGAUGGCUAAGAAAGGAUAUACUGCUGCAUGCCCAUUGUUCUGCUUCAGUAGCCAGGAUAAAGCGUUUAUUGAAGACGACUGAAUGUUCCAAAAUGUUUAUGCUGCUUAUUGAACACUAGUUUACCUGUAUCAAAAGGUAGACAAACUUAAAGGAUUAGCUGUGUAUCACCUUUGUGUCCAGGUUGACUACACAAGCUCCACCUCAGAUCUGUUUUCAUUUUAUUGCAUACGGAAUCAUUUCAGCUGUUUUUUUACAGAUGAUUUAAAAGAAAUGGAGAGCAUUUAGCACGUAUGCAUGUUGACCUGUGUUGUGUUGACAACUGAGACUAAAAAGAAAUUUUUUUGUUCACACCACCACCAUAUAUGCCAAAAAUUGGAAGUAAAAAGGAAAAGCCACUAUAAUCACUGUAAAUGUGAUGGCUCUAUAACGUUUGGUAGCAUAACAUUUGUUCGAAACCUGGCUACCUCUACCUGGAAGUAAAGCCUGUCUUUUAAGCUAGAUAAUGACUUCAAUCUAUGUUCGAAUACAAAAUCCACCGGAUUACAUUGAUGUGCAGUUUUGACCUCAGUCUAUGAGAACGGUAAUAGUCUUGUUCACAAUUACAGUAGAGGCUCAAAGCUGUGGUUUCCAAGAACGGUUUUAUGGAAUUUGUGGGGGUGCCAAAUGUGCACUUAUUAUUAUUAUUAUUAUUACCUUACAGUGUCUCUAUGUUUAAGCUCACAGUGGCACAAAUGACAUUUAUAUUUCAGAGAGUUGUUGUUGAGCUGGUGUUAUUAUUAAUUGUGUUAACAUGAAACUGAUUGCAUGUUAUUCUGUUGAGGAUUGAUUCUUAUUUUGUGAAUAAGACAUUAUUGUGAAUGAGACACAUGCUCAGUGUGAAUUGUGGAAAAAAAUGGCAGACUUUUACAGCAAUACCAACUAACAGUGAAUCAAAGUUUGAGUCAAUCAUUUAUCAUAAUUGGGUGUUUUUUUUUUUAUGAACUGCUUUAUUUAUUAUGUGUCUUUAUAGAAUAGAUUUUUACAGACUGUUAUCGAAUAUAUUCAGUAUAUGCUAGCAUUUUUUUUAUAUCUCUUAAGCUUCUGAAGGAAAGGCUUUUUUUUGUUUGUUUGUUUUUUUUCUCCCCCCUCCUUAUUUUGAAUGAAACCACUUUAGCAGUGGUACCUUAUUUGUUUACCCUCCUAGAUACACUGAGAAGAACAAUGUGUGUGUGUUCAAGUUAUUGGAUGCCUCAAGCUUUUGUCAGUGAUUCAUUAGGUGUAAAUACUGUAAUUGGUGCCCCCUUAAAAUGGUGAUGCAUUUACAUAUAAUGUUUACAGCCCAUUGUAAAUGUUGUCCAGCAGGAAGCGCUUUAAAAUUCUCACUUACCUGCUUAAUGUCCUGAAACAGAACUGCAGUGUUGAUCUUACAAGGAAGUGACUGUGUCACAGUGCUUCAAUUCUCAGGGGAAAGAGUCACCAACUAUUAUAUUUCUCGUUCCUUUUUCUGAAACCUUCAGCUUUUAUAAUCCAGCUCAUUUGUGUCUGCUAUAUCUAAGCACUUUGAAUUUACAAUCAUUGUGUUUAAAGGCCAAAUGUGGAACAGUUCAAUGCUGUAAUUCUGGUAUUUCUCUUCUGUAAGUUUCAUUAAGAUAGCAGUUUUACUAUAUGAUGGUCAUAU